CAAGUAGGGCAGAAAGCAUUUUGUCCUGGACUGCAGGUUAAACUGGGCUAAGAACUGUGAUAUCUGUAAAUGUGAGAGCAAUGGUAGAAUUACUAAUAGACAAAGAAAGACAUGAAAAUAUGGGGAGAUAGUUAAGUAAGAAAGUUAAAAAAUUAAAAAAAACUUCUAUAAAUGUCUUGGAAAGGAAGCCUGUCAGCUGAGAAUCUGAAAUGGGGAAGGAGCGCAACUUCCUUUUUGGUUGUUAGGUUCUCAUUUUUCUUUUAUGUCUCAAGAUCUUCCAUGGUGCCAGGACUGAUUUCCUGGGCUAAGAAACUGAAGAUAUCUUUGGAGCAUUUCUGAGCUCCCAGGAAUUCUCAGGUUAUCACCAGUGUUUCCAGUGUUCAGCACAGCCUUCUUUGAUGGGCAGAGGGUGAAUGAACAGAUGGGAAAGGCUCAGUAACCUAUUAGUGUCACCCUCUGGAAGCAAGGAGCUACAAGGACCACCUUUUAUGUGGCAAAACUAAGGAAAGGGUCACACUGAUUAAAUGGCAUCAGAAAUCACCUAUGCUGAGGUGAAGUUCAAAAAUGAAUCACCGGCUCCAGUGGUCAAAGUACCUCCGGAGACAAAGAAGCCUGAGCACCAUCCCCAGAAAUACCCACUCUGGCUGCCAUGGUCGAUCUCACUCCUGCUCCUCUUGGUGUGCUUUGCCCUUGUUGUUAUCCUUCUUGUGGUUCCCUUCUGCCACAGCACUGACCAGCCCACAGCCCUGCAGCAGCAGUUCUCGGAGUGGAAGUGCGACUCAGCGGUGCCACAAGUCACAGCACGAGGCUGGACGUGCUGCCCAAAGGACUGGAGAAGGUUUCAAAGAAGCUGCUAUUUCCUGUCCUCUGACACAAUGAACUGGGCUGAGAGUGAGCAGAACUGCACUGGGAUGGGCUCCCAGCUGGUGGUGAUCAACAGCAAAGAAGAGCAGGUUUUUCUCUCCAUGCUAAUGAAAAAACCUCCUAAAAGAGAGAAUUUCUACAUUGGUCUGUUUGAGGAGAAGAUGGGCAAGUGGCAGUGGGUGGACAAGACUCCAUAUAAUGUGUCAGCAGCGUUCUGGCGAAAAGGUGAACCAAGUGAUUACCUUGAUGAGAACUGCACGGUAAUGCAUGUGCUUGAAAAAUCUCUCAACAACUGGAAUGACGUCAGAUCAGACUUGAUGCAUCAUCGAAUUUGUGAAGUUGCAGCAGUAACUGUGUGAUGGAAGUGCCCCUGUCCUGAGUAAAGCUGGGAGCUGAGCAGUGAGCUGGGAACAGCGCUGGCUGUGCGGGGAGGGGUGGGGAGCCCUGAUACAUCUUCACGGUGUGGGGUGGGACCAUGUGUGUGAAAGUGAAAUGAGCUUUGUCCAGCAUCCCCCGUGCAUGGGGUGGCUCAGGAAACACAGGAAGGCUCAGGCUCACUGAAGCUGGUGCUGUGUUCUUGUGUCCUCUCUGAGUGGGUCCAGCAGCCGCUGGCUGGAAAGAGAUGGACUUCUCCAGGAGGAAGACACAGGAAUGGAAGACACAUAUCCAGAGAUUCAAUGUCCUUUGUGUCCUUGAGCAGAGCUGUUUGCUUUUUGUUGAGUCACACACAGAAUGUCCUCUAGCUGUACUGGUUUUGCUGAGCAAAUUCAGAGAACUUAAUCAAGAGAAAAUACAAUAUCACACCAAUGAAGAAAGGCUCUGUGCUGUGUCUCUGCAUCUCUUUUUUUCCACAUCUCCAAGCUGGAAAGCUUUUGUCCUAGAAUCAUGGAAUGGUUUUGAGUUGCUGGGCUUGGCACUGGGUGGAAAGGCCUGCCGUGUCCAGGGUCUUUAGCGACAUUCCCACGUGUUUCUGGCUUUUACCAUGCAGGACUCCCCUUUAGGCCUCCCCGCUGCAAUAACUCUUAGCACACAAGCAGGACAAGGAGCAGAAUUCCUAUCUUCCCUCCUCCAGACAAGAGCCAUCCCAGCACAGGAGGGUUAUACCUGCUGUGGUGAAUCCAGCUGGAUGUGCACAGUCCCUGAAGGACAGAGCUGACAAGCAGGUCCCUCUGCUGGGUGUCCACUCCUGGUGUCAGCCUGUGGUGAGCAGCAGCCCCUUGCCGGGUCUGGACACGGCCCCCUCGCCUUGGCUGUAGGGAAAAGGUGGGAUUUCAUACAGGAUUGCUACCUCUAGGAACAGAGCAGGAGGGGAACAAGGGUGAUUCAUUCCAGGAGUUUGGGAUGAAUCAGGAUCUGGAAGAGUCUGUUUCCAUGUCCCUCUGAGCCCUCAUAUCCUGGAGCUCAUCAUUCCCUGCAAGGAUUGACAACAUCCUGAAUCCCGACAGGCCAGAAUCAUUGCAGAGAAAGCGAACCUCAGCAUCUACAUCCCCAACAGUUCAGCCUCAUUGGUGAGAGUGAGAGCCAGCCGAGUCCAUCUCAUCCUUGGGUCCUGCAUAACCUGUCUCACAAAGCUCAAUGAGAAGGAACCUCCCGUGUCCUCCUGGAUUGUUUGUACUUUACUGCUGAAAACAAAGCUCACAAACUGCAGCCCAAGUUGCAGAGCCUGACAGCUGCCCCUGUGAGCUGCCCUGACACCCUGCUGGGGCUUCAGGGCUGUGGGGCUGGUUUUCUGGCUGUGAGAGGGCAAAGCAACCAGGCACAACUUGUGGGAGCAACUUUCUCUGGGAUUAAUUCUCCCUGUGUUAUCCCUGCUGCCAGCACUUCUCCUGUGUUUUCUGCCUUGUGCUUUCUUAGUAUUUCCUUCCAGGCUACUUGCCUUUAUGUCAGUGUUGCAGACAACUCUUUCCCUUCAAAUCCUUUGGAGUUCAAGGAGACUGGAUAGCAGGACUGCUCAGGGGAUUCACAUUGAUGGAGAAACAGUCAUCAACCACUGAGAAAGAAAGAACGUCUUCCACCAAGUUAAUUUCUGAACAUGAGCACAUUUGUUGUUCUUUAUACUUGGGACCCUCUCCAGCCUUACCCAUCCCACUUCAUGUUGGUCAGAUGGCCUGGACAGCAGCAAGUGAUAAAGGCAUCUGAGGCACAGAAGAAACACUCUGAAAACAAAGUUUGGAAGAAGCAAGAACUAUUUAAGAGAGAGAGGAGAGAGAAGUGGGAGGAAAGUGGCCAUUGGGCUCAGGGUGCUCUGCAACUUGGCCACCUCUGUCUGUAAGAAGUGCCCUGGCAGCUGAGUGCCAUGGGUGACCUCACUCAAGGGGUGCAGCAGGCACAGGCCCACAGUUCUGCAGUGUGACAAUGUGACUCUGUGCUUUCACCUGUGGUUCACUGCUGCUGGAAGAGGUGUGGAUACACACAAACCCUGCAUCUCCAGCAGGAAGUGGGUGGGACCGGGGAACCAGUGUUCCACAAAGGGGAUGUGUUCUUGCAGCUGAACUUCCUGGCGGGCUGGUGGGAGACUGGAGGUUGCACAAGU